AUGGGCUACUACCUCAUCCAGAUUUACAUCCCCUCCGGGCUCAUCGUCAUCAUCAGCUGGGUCAGUUUCUGGCUCAACAGGAAUGCUACACCAGCUAGAGUUGCUCUAGGAGUAACAACUGUGCUCACCAUGACUACACUCAUGUCAUCUACUAACGCCGCCCUGCCUAAGAUAUCGUAUGUCAAGUCCAUUGAUGUUUACUUGGGAACAUGUUUCGUCAUGGUGUUUGCGUCAUUGCUUGAAUAUGCAACGGUAGGCUAUAUGGCAAAAAGAAUACAAAUGAGGAAAAAUCGAUUUCUAGCAAUACAGAAAUUGGCUGAACAAAAGCAGAAACAGGGUAUGGAACCACCUGGAGAUCCUGACCAUGCACCGAAACCUGCGAUUCCUCCGCACAGUCACACUCUACCAGCUAGUCACCUCAAGUCAUCAUCAAACAUUGAGGUGCGUUUUAAAGUGCACGAUCCUAAGGCUCAUUUUAAGGGGGGAACUCUUGAAAACACAAUAAAUGGUCGAGCUGAAGAAGAGGCUGCUCCACCUGUACCUCAGCAUCUUAUCCACCCAACAAAGGACUAUAACAAGCUGUAUGGGAUUACACCGUCAGAUAUAGACAAAUACAGCAGGAUUGUCUUCCCGGUUUGUUUUGUCUGUUUCAAUCUUAUGUAUUGGAUCAUCUACCUCCACAUCAGCGAUGUGGUUGCGGACGACCUUGUUCUUCUAGAAGAGGACAAGUAA